AUGGCCGAGGGCUCAGUGAGUGCAGCGCAGGUGGAGACCGCCUUCCAGAAGUUUGCGGUCCACGGGGACACCAAGGCCACGGGGAAGGAGAUGAACGGCAAGAACUUUGCAAAGCUUUGCAAAGACUGCAACGUCACUGACGGGAAGAAAGUCACCACCAUAGACGUGGACAUAGUUUUCAGCAAAGUCAAGGCAAAGUCAGCUCGUGUAAUCACAUUUGAGCAAUUCAACCAGGCCCUGACUGAACUGGCUGCCAAGCGUUUUAAAGGCAAAAGCAAGGAGGAGGCGCAGCAACAGAUCUAUGGUCUCAUUGUUGGGAAGGAGCCGGCCAAUGCCGGAACCACUAAAGUAACGAACGCAGCAGCCGUGGACAGACUGACUGAUAGCACCAAGUACACUGGAGCGCACAAGGGGCGGUUCGAUGAGACUGGCAAAGGAAAAGGGAAGGCCGGGCGUGAGGACAUCGCAGACACUAGCGGCUACGUGUCAGGGUACAAGGGCAGCGGCACUCACGAAGACAAAGUUAAAGAAUAA